GGGAACAAGGCCAGUAGUUUACUACUAGAAGAAACACGUAGAUUCUUGAUAAUAAUGCUAUCUUUGAACAUAAAAUUAUAAUUAAGUAAAUUCUGUAUGCCUCCAAGUAAAAGGCGAAGAGUUCUGCAAGAUGAAAAUGCCGCAAAGGAGGAAGCUGGGUGUCGGGUGACUUCAAGCAGUGCUCCUGUUGUUGUGACAUGCUUUGAAGAAGGCCUUAAAGGAAAUAUCAGCAGCUGUUCGAAUGUCGUGCGGGAAGUCAGUGUUGAGGAUGGACUCAAUGAGAGUGUCAGGAUGGAAGUGGUUUGUGCGGGAAACGAUGAACCUAAACAGGAUGAUGGUGUCUGUCAGUCAGGCAGUGUCUGCCAACAGGAGCAGGAGCUGUGUCGAUUCAGUAUUCAGAAUUCUGCAGCUGGGGAGAGUGAGGUUGGUACCACAGAUAAUGUGGAUCCGGCCGAGGACGUCGGUGAACCAACCGAAGUGAAGAGCAGCCCGGCAUCGUGUCGGUCGGGAGUGGUCACCGAAAGGAGGAAGCGUCACUCAUCCAAGUCUGAUUGUGUCAGUAUUUCACCCAUUGAACCACUAAAGAUCUCUACAGUGGCUGGGACCGCUAAGCGAUCUAGCACAAGGAUUGUGAAAAAGACGAGACGCGAUUUCAGUCCACCACUCUCUCCAGUUAAAAAGGUUCCCCAUGCAGUUGAAGGAAAGAGUUCUACCCCAGAGACGAAAACAAAAAGAAAUUGGGAUCUGUGGACAGAUUAUGACAAAAAGAAUUUCUUUGAAGGUGUCUGUGAGCAUGGCAAGGACUUUGAGGCUAUCUGUCAUAUGAUGCAAAUGAAAUGCAAGAAAAGAGGAAUAACUGGAACAGCCAUCAAGAAUAAAGAUCAAGUUCGUUUUUUCUACUACCGCACCUGGAACAAGAUUUCAAAGUUCAUCAGUGUACAGGGCGAUGUCAGAAAAGAGAUAAUUGAACUCUAUGGACUUAUUAAUUAUGGUCUUCUGAGGGAAACAAUUAAACUGAAACGUUUGAAUCCCAAGACAGCCCUUAAACUUAAUGAACUGAUUGAACACGGGUCAACAACAUACAGAAUAAAAGGGAAAAACCGAAAAAUACGGACUCCAGCAUGCCCUGCUCUGAAAAAAAUCCACUGUAUUCAAGAUUCGAAGGAAGAAUGCGCGCUGCGUGUUCCAAGCAAAGUGGUUUUGGAGUUGGUUCCUAGAACGAACACUGCCUGGUCACAUGUGCAGAGUUUGGCACAGAACCCGCGACUAAAGAUCUCCCUGUCCUCGAGUCGCAGUCUCAGCAGUGUGAUUGAGUAUAUCGGCAAGAAGUGGAAGGGACACCGGCUAAAACUUAAAGAAGACAUGGAUGCUGUCGAGGUAGAAAAAGAAUUCAAAUUGUUUCCUCAAAAUGCCACAGCAAUUCCAACACUACUUUGUCCGCAGUUUGUUCCUCGGGUGGACAUCACAUUUGCAAACUUCAGAGAUAAAAUCUUGUCAUCUCCACAAGUUAAUAGCAAGUCUCGGAAGGCGCACGACACUCAGGCUCACAAGCCCUCCAGUGACAAUUCUUCGGAAUCGGACCCUGUUACGAACAUUUCUCCUAAAAGUGUUAAACAUUGCAAAGACAAGAACGUUGUGCCAGAAAAGACUGAGAAUGUCCUGCUCAAGAGUUGUCCAGUGACCGCGUUCCUACAGGACGAUAACGCAAUGUUUCCAGACGCGCCUCUCUCCAGUCUUGUGACGACGAAUAAUGCCGAUGGCACUGUUGAGGCAAUCAAAGUGGAGGAGACUGAUGUCGACAUGGGUGAUAAGAACUCGAGCGAAGACAAGAGCAAUACCGCGGAAGACGAGAAAGUGCCUAUUGAAAAUGUUGACGAUGCCGACACGGACAAAAAAGCGAAAGGUGGUAAAAGCGAGGACAUGGUACAGAUGGCUGUGGACGGUUUUACUGUCGGUAAUGCCAAGAACGUGACACUGGCAGAACUUCUGUUGAUGUUCGGAACUCUUUCCGAUGGACAUGUAAAGUUGGAGUAUGAGUGGUUUGAGAGUGUUAAUAUUGAAGUACAGCUGUCUCAGUUGGCCAACAUGCUUCGUCGGUUGUCACAGAUGGCAACCAUGGAGUUCUGUGAAGCCUCCAGAUCAAAAUCUAAUACUCACUCAAAGGAGAAGAGCUGUGGCCUGUGUGGUACUGCCAAGCACAAGAUGCAGAACCAGCAAACGCAGACCGCCAACACGGCGCGGUCGAAACAGUCAAGAGCCGACCAGGAGAUGAUCUAUGGCGAUGUGUCUCAGAAUAUGCCAACCAUUGUCAGGUUGCCGUCUGAAGUGAGCAGGGUUCUUGCUCCAAACCCAAAACAGGUCAGCACGGCUGCAGACGGUGUAUUCCGGGUUCCUCUGGGCAUUCCGUUAAUGCGGUACCCAACGGCCAGUCAGAACAUGUCGGUCAACGUCAGUCAAGUGAUGAACUCUCUCAACCCAAAGCAAAGCAAUGUUUUAAUGCCACGCAAUCGGCGGAGACCAUUUAAACGUCAGGUGAUUGUUCAGCGUACGCUGCUUCCCAAAGUGCCGACUGGUGGAAUCUACGAAGUCCUGCCGGCUAACCCUGCCAGUCAGGAGGCUGUUCAAGCCAAUCAGAACAGCACCAUUCUGCCGCAGCCGUUUACCGUCAGUGUGUGUACCGCGUCUCUCGAUACCGGACAGCAGCAGGCUGCGCACACCGUGUCCAGUCAGUCGCCUCUCUCCAUUGUUUCUCAUUAUGACCUUAAUACAAGUACAGUUGACCCAGCUACUGUAGUGUCGUUACCAGAACCUUUGACUGUCGAUACCGGACAGACGAGUGGUAUAAUAUCUGCAGCUGCAGCUGCCAGUGGCCUUUCCCCAAUCCCCACUGUCAAGGAGGAUCUGUUGUUGACGUCUUCAGUUUCACCUGUAAUAACGUCGUGUUUCUCUAGCGUGGUUCCUUCGUCCAGUAUCAACUCGACGGCAGUGCAGUCGGUACCCCGACAUCACAGCAUCUCUCCUCCUAACCUCUCCUCUCUUCUCGACAUCUCUCUCUCCUGUAACACUAAUGCUUCUGAUAAUGCUGACAAGUUUCUUGAUAUGGUCAAUUCCAAUACAGGCUUUUCAGGGUUGCUGGGAACCUCGAAAAACCUGUCAUCGGGAAGUGAUGAACACAGUCGACUGAUGACUCCGCCACACAGUCCCGGAUCUCUGCAAGACAAGGUUACCUUCUCCGGAGGUGACAGCAAAUUCUGGCUAAACGGAGAGGGUCUUGAUAUCUCACUGAGUAGUCUGCUUGUUGAAUCCCCAUCAAAGAAAUCCUACACAACCAGUACAUCAAGUUUUAUUCCUGCUCCGCCUGCACUCUUUAGUGAGCAUUCUCAAGACUCGAUUGUGUCAAAACUAGAUGUUGAUUCCACGUUACAAGUUAUGAUGAAUGAAAACAGCAUGGACUAUGUGAGCAAAUUUGAAAACCUGGCAGCUCAUAUUGAAGGGACAAACUACCUGAGUAAAUCGGAUCACCCUAAAACCUUCAAGAUGUUCAAGUCAUAGUGAUAAUACACAAUGCCUGGUUCAUCAUGUGAUGAGUUCUACGACAUUGGUGACAAAUGAACUAGACAAAUCCUGUCUUGUUACAAAUGUGUUGUGAAGUCGCAGUAACCAACCAAACAGACUGGUCCUGUUGAUUGCAGGUGCAAUGUACUAGUGAAAUGGAUUUACUUGUCUUUAUUUCAUUUUAAAGCCAUACAGAUGAAACAACUAAAAUUCUUCUAAGUGAGAUAAUUUUAUGUUUCCAAUUUCUGGCAAGAGUCUGAGCUGGUACAAAGAUGUAUUGGGCACAAAAUUAAGUGCAGAAUGAACAAUUAUUUAUUAUAACUCGUAUAUUAAGUAUGAUCACAAAGUGGUUGUUUUUUUCCUUGUAUAUUAUUAUAUUAUAACAUUCAAUUCCUUUAGACAAGAUGUAGUAAUUGCAGGAUUCUAGACAGAAUGUAGAUUUCAGAGAAUUCUAGACCGGCUGUAGAGUUCAAAGGAUUCUGGACCAAGAUUUCAGUUGCAUAUUCUAAGCAAGAUGUACGAUUCAAAGGAUUCCAGACAUGAUGUAGGGUUCAAAUGUUGAAAGACAAAGUGUACAGUUCAAAGGAUUCUAGACAAGAUAUACAGUUCAAAGGAUUCUAGACACUAUUCAGUUUCUAGCCAAGAUGUAGGGUUCAAAGGCAACAGUAUUUUCAGGAACAGGAAUGUUACAGAAUGUUCUAAAGUGUUGACAACUUGUCAUCCUGCAUUACUUCACUGGAUGUUCAACGGCAACAAAUCAAGUUUGGCAUCCACAGGAUAAUUACAUACAUGAUGCAUAACAAAAUUCUCAGUUCACAAUUCUAGUAUUAUUGGUACAGACAGAAAUGGCAGUAUUAUCAGUGACGUCAAAAAGAAAUGUAUUGCACUUGGCAAAGUAUGUCACGUCAAAGAAACUUUAAAACUUGAAGUAUUUAAUUGAAGAACAGCCUGUUUUGGCGUUGUAAAAACUGGAGCAUAAUGCUUUAUUCAGUUGUCAAGUCCUGGGACUUAGUUUAUAAAACCAGAAGUCCAGGGACCAAUUUCACAAAACAUAGUAAGUUUACGUCUGCAACAAGCAGUUUUACUGAGCAUACAUUUAUACGUAUUUCAUGCAAAAAUUUACAUCAUUAUGGAGGAUGGAACAUUUUAAGGACGAAAAUAAAUACAUUAUGUGUAUUUCUAACUAUAUUAGUUCUACUGUAAAAGUAAUAAGAAUUAUAGUUUUGUCAUAGAUUUACGUGUACGUGCAAAACUAGACUUGUGAUGUUUUGUGAAAUUGGGCCCAGAACUUAGUCUGAACUGCUGCAUGCAGAUUUAUAGAGUAACAACAUUUUCAGGCUCUAACCCACACGUGGUAUCAGUACUUAAUGGAACAGCCUUUAGUGCACUAACUAGUAGAUAGCCAUUAUUUUUAUUAUUCUUGCCAUUUACAUUACAUUCCUUAGUCAAUAGUCCGUUGCACUGUGUGUUUCCUACUACACAAUAAGUUGAAAAUUAGGUAAUACAUUUAGAAGACUUGGUAAAAUUCACACAUUGUAUAUUGUGGAAGUUUGUCUCGUAUAGAUAUCAGUAUAACAGAGUAUGGACCUUCAUUCGUAUUACAGGGCUUGUGUUUUAGAGUGUGCAGUCGCUCACACCCACCAUCACUCGCUUAAAAUGAAUAUUAAACGUGCUAACAACCAUCUGUCUAGCCAAAACUAAUGUAUGACUAAAAAUGUACAAUAACGCAUAAAUAAACCAUGUGUUUGCCUCAAGAUUUUAAGGAAGUUCCAAUACCCACUCCAAUCUCGACCUAUUUAAGAAUUAUCUCUCUGUCUGUAAAUUGGUCACUACAUCCAUAUGGUAAUAAUAAUAAUUUUUUAAAAUGCUUAAGUUUGCUAAAGGUAUAAAAAAAAAAAAGCCAAGAGAGCCAAACUAGACCUCUUGUAAGAAAAGAGUAACUAGUAACAUGAAAUUAGCAACACUGAGAACCAGAAAUAAUACUGAUUUCCCAAGAUUCAUGUGGGGCAUUCUUUGAUCCGGAGAUCCUGUCUGGGAUGGUGCAUAUAAUAUUAUAAAAGAUCCCUUGCUGCUAAUCGAAAAGAGUAGCCCAUGAAGUGGCGAAAACAAGUUUCCUCUCUCAGUAUCUGUGUGGUCCUUAAAAACAUGUCCGACGCCAUAUAACCGUAAAUAAACUGUUGUGUGCGUUGUUAAAUAAAAUAUUUCAUUCCUUCCUCCUUUGAUCAGGACAGAAACAAAGUUUUGUUUUGUUUUGUUUAAUAAUCAACUUGGAUGUCAAACAUUUGGUACUUCAGUCUUAGAAAGGCAGAGCCUCGCGGAAUUUCCCAUUCUUACCUUCACAGGAUAAAGCAGAUAUCCGACGUCAUUAACUAGUUAUUCUCUGUAUAAACAUAAACUGUAUUUUACCCACCUGCAACUUUGAAAACACAAGGCUGUAUUACGUUCAGUUUACCAGAUUUUAACUUGCUCACUUGUAUUAAAACAUUCUUUUGUCUUGCCAGAAAAUAAUUUGAUAUUUCAUUUUAUAAAAGGAAUCAUUGUCUCUGAUAAAAUAUUUGUUUUUCUAAAUCCAGUAUUCUUUAUGAACCUGUACAAGUUAAUGAGUAUGCAUGUACGUAUCGGAGAGAAUUUUAAUAUUGUUUUUUGAAACAUUUGUUUUAUCCAUUGAAGUGAAUGAAGUUUUCAUAAUGUGAGAUGAUUGUCGUCUUCUGUGUGUCAUUGCAGGGUUUUAAGUUAUAUUACAGAGGUUAUUGCCGAGCAGGGAUGAAUACCAGGGUGUGAUAGAAAUUUCACUAGGUAGUAGUAAUGGCACUAGAGAAAAAAAAACCCCAAAAACGCAGUUGUUUUCUACUGAGCAUAAAACUUUUACCUAUCUUGUAAGUUUUAUAAUUUCGAAACUAAAAAAACCCAUGAAUAUUUCUAUAUGGUAUUUGAAAAAAAAGAUGUCAUAAAAAGACCUUAGGUGUGGGCGUAACUCAAUAAAAUGAAAAUUGUACCAGCUAAUUGUACUUAUUCUCAUCAGUUUACAGUGAAAUAGACAAAAAUAUCAAAACCAUAUUAACCAGGGCUUCUAGAAUUCUUAUAAAAUCCACUAGCCAUGGGAUCAGUGAGUUAAAAUUUUUACUUAGCCAUGAUUAAAAAUUCACUAGCCCAACUUUACUUUAAAGUGAAUAUAAUUUUACUGAAUAAUAGUAAUAAUCAGAAAUUUCACCUCAGGGUUAUACAGCUUAAAAACACUAACAUUGGGGGGUUAGGGUGGGGGCUGGAUAUUCAUGCUUAAUAAAUAGACUUAACUGCAGCAUUUGACAAAAAAAAAAAAUUCACUAGCCAUCGGGCAUGGCAAUAGUUAUUUACAUUGAAUAUCGCUAACCAUGGGAGUGGGUCUACCAUAAUCUAGAAGCCCUGUAUUAACAGUCAAGUAGACAUAAAUGCUUUUAGCUUUAUGCCAUUAGGCAUUUUAUUACAAAGUAUAUUUUAAGUGUAAAUAGUCCAAUGUAUCUUUUACUUCGGUAAUCUAAAUUGCUGUUUGUAAUUUGUUUUACUUUUAGUACUUCUAAUGAUGCAUUUAUGAUAAAUUUUGGCUUUGAAUUAAAUUUAAAUCAUUUAUACAUCAUUGCAGUUUCCAUCACUUCCACCACACAUCUGUAUUGUGCCCUCUCCCCAUCCCCUUAGUAUUAAGACUGACAUUAUGCCAGUACAUGCUUCUACCAUUUGGAUAAGCAGAUUAAACAUUUUACAGUUUUAUUCUAUUUUCCCUCUAUUUUUCACGACCCUGUGUUAAUUUUUACCUUCAUUUGAAUUACAAUUUACAGGUGUUUUUAAACAGUAACAUGGUUGUGUUAAAUUAAAAUGCUUGUAGCAGGUGUAGAAAGGGAAAAACAUAAUACUUUAGCAGGAAAAAAAGCAUUUUAAAAGUUAAAUAUUUCCAUAGAGAUCAUAAUGUAAUUUGAUUCUAACUGUACAUCAGAGGGUCAGUGCUGCCAAUUGUAAUAAUUAGUAAUUGCAUAAUCACUUAUAUGCAUUCAGUUGACGUUAUUCUGUCAUUUUAAUAAGACGGACUUUAUAUGACAUAAGAAAACUACUUGGUACUCGAUACAUGCCAUAAGACAAUCAACACACAUUCAUGUUUUCUGGUACUGUAUGCAAGCCUUCACAACUGAAAUGUUUUUGUUUUGUUUUUUUUGUUUUGUUUUUUUAUCAUUGUUUUGUUAGUAUUGUUUUGUUAGUAUUGCAAUCUACAUUUGACUAAAUAAACAUAUAGACAUUCAUAUAUUAUUUAUUGAAAUCAGAAAACAGUAUAGGUCUACAUUUAGUGGUUUAUUCUCAGAGUUUUUAUUUUUUUAAAGACUUGAAAUGUUGUUAAUGCCUAAGGCUGACUGUUGCUAACAAGAGGCUUAAUGUUUGUACACUGUCAAAGUGUGAAAUAUUGGUCUUCAGUGUUAUUUCUUCUUAAUUUUUAUGAUGAAAACUGAAAAAUAUAUCCAGAUCAGUUGUAUCAUUAUUUUAACUGCACCUGAAUAUAUCGCUCACAUGAACUUAACCUAAAACCAAAAUUCAUCAAAUAUUUUUACCUUCAUAAUUUUUAUUUCGAUUCUUCGCUUAUCUCAUAUACAUGUAAAUAUAUCACUUUUUUAAUCAUGCUUUGGUUUUUUGAAAUCCAAAAAUGUGCAAUAUUUUCAUGUGAGAAGUGCUUGCAGCUUUUUGUCAACAUCGUGUUCAUGUACCACCACAUAUAUUGUCUCGGAUCCGUGUGCAAUAUCUCUAGUGAUUAACAUUGUGUGUGAGGUUAGCAUGUAGGAUAACUAAUGAUGUACAUCUUACGAGAUUGGUAUAGAAUCACUGGUGAUGAAUAUUUUGUGCGACACAGGUAGUAAUAAACAUCUUGUGUGAGAUUAGUAAGGUCUCUAGUGAUGUGCAUCUUGUGUGAGAUAAGUUGGGAUUGGUAUAGAAUCACUAGAAAUAAACAUCUUGUGUGAGAUUAGUAAGGUUUCUAGUGAUGUGCAUCUUGUGUGAGAUAAGUUGGGAUUGUAUAGAAUCACUAGAAAUAAACAUCUUGGUUGAAGUCGGUAUGGUCACUAGUAUGUAGAAUAACGUAUGUGAGAAUCGUAGAAUCACUAGUGAUUAAUAUAUUAUGGGAUCAAUAUGUAGAAUCACUAGUCCUAAUCAAAGUUAUACCCAACUGGUUUUUGCUUCCUUCACACAAUUCAUGAAAAUCACUGGAAUUAAAAUCUGAAAACUGAAUAAAAUAUUAUGGUGACCUGUUAUUAUAUUGAUCAGUAUACCAAAAACCCCCAAAAUAAAAACAAAACAAAAAAAACAAAUUAUAAUCCUGGCCUCAUAUGACACAACUACACCCAACCUGUUUAAUUACAAUAGCCAGUUGUAAUAAUACAGUCUUGUUGUCUAUUUUCUGUUCAUAUACAAAUUUUAAAGGUAACUUUUUGAUGUUUAUUAGAUCUGGUUUUUUUUUAAAAUAUAACAAUAGGUCGUCAUAUUGCUAAUAAAGUGUUAAUGUUGUCUUUCCAAGAAUUUUCAUAAAUAAUAUGUAACAGCAAGAAAUGAUUCAAUCGAAUUUGGUACAAUUUUGAUUAGGACUUUAGCAAUUUGCAUCUUUGAAAUUUGGCAUGUAUGAUCAUUCGUGAUACAUCUUGUGCCAGAUCAGUAGUGAGAUUACUUGUAAUGUACAUAGUAUAGCCAGAGACCCUUGGUUUUGAGGUACAAAACGAUUUUGUUUUGUAUAAAAGUAAUUUUGAACUAUACAAACGCCAAAACAACCAGAAAUGCAUUUGGAUUUGACAAAACUAAUAAUAUAAGCAAAAAGCUACAUUGGCUAAUAACUAGGGUAUCACUUGUGAUUUUGGCAUCCAUUGGCUAAUAACUAGGAUUAGGAGAUUGUAAAUCACUAGUGAUUUUGGUAUCCAUUGGCUAAUAACUAGGAUUAGGAGAUUGUAAAUCACUAGUGAUUUUGGCAUCCAUGUAUUAGUGUGUGUGUAAGAGAAGUUUGUCAGAUCACUAGUGAUGCACAGGUACUUGUAUAGAGGAAACCAGGGGCCUAAUUCACAAAGGUCUCUCAGGCUCUGCUAGACAACAAAGCAUCCUCUUUGCAAGUCUUUUAGCAUUGCACUGUGAGAUCGCAAAAUUGCGAGAGAGUUUAGUGAAUUAGGCCCCAGGCCUGGUGCUUAUAAAACAUUUAGUCUAGACUUGAGACUCUAAUAGAGUCUGACACACUAAUGCCAUGACAACGCCAUACAAAUUGUAUGCGUGUCAUGAUGUGUGGGUGUGUUAAGCACUUGAGAGAGGAUUGUUGAACCUCUAAUACCACAGUAUUGCCUAAUUUCACUUUGCUUAUUUCCUGUGGCCAUUAAAUGGUUCUGCUAUUUGUAUUUAUCAUAUACAGGGCCCGUGCUUAUAAAACUUUUUUUAAGAGUCCAGACUCGAUCUCUAAUGAUGUUGCAGACAUACAAUUUUUAUGGCGUUGUCAUGACAUUAGUGUCUUGGACUCUUUAACUAGAGUCUCGAGUCUACUCUAUAAAUUUUUUAUAAGCAUCGGGCCAGGUAACAUCUUUUUCUUUCAGUCCGAUGUAUGUCCUGCUAGGUGGACUGUCAUAAAUGAAGCAUACAUGUACCAGUAACAUCUGGUUACAGGCCAACUCUUCAUUUACACAGUUUUGUGUGCAAGUUUAUCAAUGUAGUGUAUACCCAUAAUACUUUUUCCAUAUUUAUAAGCAUUGCCUAUGUUUUCUAUUUGGUACGGUCAAAAUGUGAAGUGUUUACUAGCAACUUAAAAGAACACUUCAAUGUCAAAUUUUUUAUGUUGUAAUCUGCUUGCGGAAAUUCAUCUAUGCGGAAAUUGCACAUGGAAUUGUGUCUUUGAAAAGAAGACCUAACAGUUGUUUAUAGGCAGACAUAAUUCGAAAUGGCAUUCUUAAGAAAAUUGCCAUUUUCCUAGGGCAGUUUUUUCUUCAUUCAAUAUAAAACAAUUUAAAGAAAUAAAUGGUUUUAUGAGAAAAUAAACCUUUAAUAAACAUUUAGGUUCAUUUUCGACAGACAGUUUUGUUGCCAGAGAAGUGUGUGCUGUGAUCUUUACCAUGUAAUAAGAAUAUAAACAUGAUAAAUACUC